UCCGUCGCCGCUGCCUACUCGACCAGCCUCCGCUGCGACUCCGCACAGCAGCAGCGUGCGUGUGUGUGUGUGUGGUGUGAGUGUGGUGGGAUACCAUGGCCUGGAUUACUGCCCAGCCGCUGCUCCUUGUGGUCCUCGCAUGCGUCGCAGCGCCGGAACACGCGGAGGGCGCGCCCAGCGACGAGUUCAAGUGCCCGGAGCAGUUCGGCUACUACGCGGAUGACAAUGACUGCAGCAAGUAUUUCGUGUGCGUGUUUGGCGACGCUCUGCACGAGAGCUGCACGGGCGGCCUCUACUUCAGCGUCGAGCUGCAGACAUGUGACUGGCCACGAAACGUGCAGUGCGCUGGAGCGUCGAGGAAAGCGACGCCAACACCAGUCAAGAAAGAGGAGACCUUCGGCGGAAGCCAGCGUCGCAGCGGCACGCGUAAGUCGUCCGCAGGUCGUCAGACGAGCGAGACAACGAGGCCGACGCGGUUCCGAAGUCGGCCUGCGACCACCACCACGGCUCGCACGACCACGACGCUGAGGACGACGACGACGCCCGCUCCACCGUCAACGCGGCGCCAUCCGACCGUGGCGCCCGAGUAUCAAACGCUGUACGACGAGGAGGAGGACAGCAAGGACGAAGAAGAGAGCGAAGAAGAGGACGAGGACUCCACCGAGGCGCCCGACGAGCACGACACGGUCUCGCCGGGCCUCGAAGGAGGGCCGCGCAAGAGCUCGGCGCCCAAGUCCAACAGCUACGACCCGCAACAGCCCCAGUAUGACGAGGCCGUGCCGCAGCUGGUCAACUCAGACGGGAAGAUUCUCGGCUCGGACAGUGGUCGGCCGGACAAGUUCAUCCCGCGGUUGGACAAGCAGCCCAAGCAGCCAGAUUCUCUGAGUGUGUUCGUCAAGCCACUCUACCGGAACACGGGUGAUCAGAAGGACAAGGAGUCGGACCAGGUGUUCAAGAGGGACCAGACUGCCAUUCUGGCGGCGCCGAGCCCUCACCUCGAGGACGACGCCGUCAUUCCGUCCGUGUACGGCGGCAACAGCGCGCGCGCGCCAUCUCUGGGCACCACCGCGGACGUGGGAGGCCGCAAGGAUGUGGUCCUGGUCACGUACCCGCGGGACCAGAACCGCUAUCAGUACUCGAGCGGAGGAAGCUACAGCGACGACGAAAACGAGUUUCGAGCAUUCCUGCAAGACCAGCAGCGGCAGCAGCUGCCAGCUGUGCAACCGGACGUGCAGCGUGUGCUGAGCGACUCAAGCGUGCGACCGUCGAGCCGCGGGAGGAACAGGGACGCCCGCUUCUACCCGAGGACGCAGCAGGCGCCCCAGCAGACGCUCGUGGCGCAAAUCCCCCCACCUGCACUGGUGACGGUGCAGAGGGCACCGGUGACGCAGACGUACGAGAGUAAAUACCCGUCCACGCAAAGGGCAACACAGGCACCCACUCGGGUGCCCACGUACCCGUCCUACCAGGACUACGACCACAACUACCAGCUACAGUCGGAAUACGCGUACGCGGAUGACGAGGAGCCGUACCCGACCACCACCACUCCUCGGCCCACGAGGCGCGUGAAAUAUCGGACAACUACCCCUACUACCACCACAACCACCACAACCACCACAACUCCGAGGCCGGUCACGCGUCGAGCACCGCCCAAGGGCUUCAGCCGUCCGGCGACUCGUCCUCCGGUGCCUACGACGCCAGCGCCGCCGCCGGCUAGGCCGCGAAACCUGUACGCAACGCCCACGCCGCUGGAGACGGCCGGCCGCUGCGAGGCACGCAAGUGCCGCCUUCCCGACUGCCACUGUGGAGGAUCCGAGAUACCGGGAGACCUGCCGCCCCACGAGACGCCGCAGGUGGUGCUUCUUACAUUCGACGAUGCGGUGAACGAUUUGAACUUCGACCACUACACGGAAAUUUUCGACACGGGCCGCAAGAACCCCAACGGCUGCCCGAUCCGCGGAACCUUCUACGUGUCGCAUGAGUGGACCGACUACGGCCAGGUGCAGACUCUUUAUUCCAAGGGGCACGAGCUGGCCUCGCACACCGUCACGCACAGCUUCGGCGAGAAGUUCUCCAAGCAGCAGUGGUUCAAAGAGGUGGCCGGCCAGCGCGAGAUCCUGCACCUGUUCGGCGGCGUCAAGCUGGAGGACGUGCGAGGCAUGCGCGCCCCAUUCCUGCAGAUUGGCGGCAACAAAAUGUUCGAGAUGCUGCACGAGGCCAACUUCACCUACGACUCGUCCAUGCCGGUGUUCGAAAACAACCCGCCCUUCUGGCCUUACACGCUCGACUACGCCAUCAACCACGAGUGUAUGAUCACCCCCUGCCCGAGCAAGUCCUUCCCGGGUGUGUGGGAGGUGGGCAUGGUGAUGUGGAUCGACCUUCGCGGUGGUCGCUGCUCCAUGGGCGACGCAUGCUCAAACCCGGCUGACGACGAGGGUGUUUACAAGAUGCUGUUGAAGAACUUCAAUCGCCACUACAAGAGCAACCGGGCGCCCUUCAACCUCUUCUAUCACUCGGCCUGGUUCAAUACGCAGCACCACAAGAAGGGCUUCUUGCGCUUCCUCGACCACAUACUGUCCAAGGGCGAUGUCUGGCUGCUCACCAACUGGCAGCUCAUCCAGUGGAUCCGCAACCCGACGCCCAACAGCAGGAUCAACAGCUUCGAGCCAUGGCAGUGCACGCCCAGGGGUGACCGACCGGAGCCAUGCCACAGGCCGACCGUCUGCAACGUGCCUUACCAGGGCGGCCUCCGCUACAUGAAGACGUGCCAGCCCUGUCCCGAUGUUUACCCUUGGGUCGGCAACACUGGCUUUGGCAGCAAAGGCGCGAGACGCAAGUGAUCAGUCACGAAGACACCAUUGGCCAAUAUUCUUCCGCGCACAGGAUGGCGUGACAGGAUGCACAAUUAUCAACAGAGCUCGUGUUUGAGAAGGCGUUCUCGAUAGAAAGCGCUGAGAUGUGUAUUGUUUGUCUCGCCACCAAAUUACAAAAUUAGUUGUUUAAAAAGGCCUUGAUACCAGGAAUGAUGCAAGAGGUUGGGGGGAGGGAAGCGAAAAAAAAUAUGCACCCAAUUUUCAAGAUCCUCUCCUUUCAUUUUUUUGUGCAUUUAUGUGUGCAGAGUGAAACAACAUAGGAGUUAUAAAAACAUUCCGUUAUUUUUUUGGCAAGGGAACUUUUCCUAAAGGGGCCCUGGAACAUUUUUUUUUGUGUGUGAUGCCGGAGUAACCUACUUAAAUAUGCCGGGUACCUUUAAUUGAAUAUAUAGCCGAAGAAAGUUUUGCGAAGAACCUAAUCAGAACGGAGAUGUAAAGAAUGCAACGUUCACUUUCGCUCUCACCUCUCAGCUAUGGUGGCGCCGAUAAGAAUGCUCUGUUCUUUCACUUUCUCUCUUUCCGUGGUUUGCUUUCGGUGAAGCCAUCGAGACUCUACAAAUGUGCUAGAGGGCGGUGAGAGGGUGGUCUGGAUGCAUUACCAGCCACAACUUGUGUGCCAACAUUCGUGAGCGCUCAUGCGGUAAUCUACCUUAAUUUAUUCGCUCUUGUCUUUGUUAGCGCUGCUUGGGUCAAGUAGGACCGCUUUACCGUUAGCUAAUAGAAUCCUAGAGCAGGUGAGAUUAGCUAUAGUUCACCCAAAAAACCUUGAGCAUGUGAGAUUAGCUAUAGUUCACUCAAUAGCUGGCAGUCACUUGCGAGUCGAUCUCUUGCUUUCGCGUCAUCGCUGACGUCGCAUAAGGCGAAAGAAGAGCGGGGCUUGCAAAGCCGCUGGAGAGAGCGAAAGAUUGCCUGCUACACCAGAAUGGCUUCGCAUGUUUACGGCAGCAUUGUCUACGAAUCCGUAGCGCAACUUAGCAUCUUCAAAAAGUGAUUCAGUGCCCCUUUAAAUGUUCUUAGAUUGGCUUUGGGGUAGGAGACGAUGAGUCGUUAUUUGUGCUUUCCCGAACAAGAGCUUGCCCUGGCUGUGUUAGUGCCCCGGAAUUGCUCUCACUUUUGGGGGUUGCAGCAGCCUGAUGUAUUUCACUGCUAGCACGCGCCCUACUGACUUAGUUCAACCUGCUUCUGCUGUGAGCACAUGAACCGCGCAUGGUCGACACGAAAAUGCAGCGUCAUCUUAUAUAAAAGCAGUUAGAGUCGAAGAUUGCGCGUUGCAAGGCGCGCCAAGGGGCCAAUACAUUAGGAGCUAAAGACCGUGCGCAAAUUGUGUACGAAUUGCACGCGCAAAGAUAAAGUCCAACCUCACUGCAAAUACAAGGGGACUGAACUACUGAUAUCGCUGAUAGGGUAGGUGCGCGAAAAUUCCGGCGCGUUUUCGCCAAAUAAUCUGGUCGACUAAGUCUCAACGCAGCUUUUGCGGUAAAAGGUUCUUUAUGUUAGUAUUUUAAAGUAGUGUUGCUGACAAUACUCGUAAGUGUUAGUUCCGUUAGAAACAUACGUCGUCAGUACUAUCCGGUCUUUCCGUAGACGCUAGCUUUCAGUAUGCAAGCUGGACAACUACGAAAAGACAGACGAGGAGAGGAACCUCUUGCCUCAAAAUGACCAUCUGAUAAGUACGCUCUAUUUGUGCACUACCAAAUGAAGACAUGGCUUCCUUUAUUAAAUUAAUAGUAGAAGUAUUUCUCGGUAGUCCAACCGUACGUGCUAACGAGGUUUACCUUUGCGAAUAACACUUGACUCAUUCGGCGAGACAGGCGUCUUUAGUGAAACAUGCCUCGCUAAACUUUGCUGUCUCGAUACGCUCAAAAACAGAGGCCAAGCCACUCGUUUCACUAAUAAAACCAGAGCAAGUAUUACGUACCCUGUCCCCCACCCCCUACCGCGAAUAAAGGAUUGCGCGCAGUAGCUAGUGCGUUCCACCAAAACCAGAACUCGCCUGCUGUUCUGGGUGAUGGAAGGGAUGUUCUCUCCUCGGGCGGUUGUUGUCGGUCCUUCAGGUGCGUCGCGUUUUAGUGCUUAUUUAAAACUCGCUGAUGCGCUGCCUUUGUCGAGUCCGUGCUAGUUAAAAAGGGGCCCGCUGACCACGGGACGAGAUCCUAUUCAGAACUGUCGCGUCAUCCGUCCUUCCUUGCGUUGACUUUGUCGAGAGAAAUAGUGUGCCACCAUGGUCCUAAAUUUUAAAAAAGAGAGCACAAUCGAGUUAGACAUGUUUCAGUCGAUUGCUGCUUUAGGAUGUCUUAUUCUUAUUUAUUUAAAUGACCAACCAUUAACGCAAUUCACUGCCAGUCCUUUUCUUACACAUUGUCCCACUCAAAAUGAGCGCGUGUUUUCUUUGUGGCUUGAAAUAAGCCGAUAAGAACAUUCUUGCCUCUCCGAGGCGGAUAUUGCAGCUCUUAUGGGGCUGAAAUAAAUAUGAACUCGUGAGCGCCGUGCAUAAAAGAUGAUUGACGCGGCUGGGCACGGACGCCCCGUCAUACUUCAUCUUAACGAGCUCCAGUUGUGUGACGCACAUGGGGCACCGCUGAAGUGACCAAGUGGCGACAGAAGAAGCACUCACGGCGAGCAACAUUUUCAGCUUCAUCCGGUAAAGCAAAAGCGCGGUUUGCUGAAAAUACCAUACAGCGACAAAGCGACGGAGAGUACAUAUCUCGCAAGAACAACAGAGUAAUGCAGUAAUGUGUGCUGCUGGGCCUUUCAAUAUGAGAUGCGAUUAAAGAUAACAGUGUAAGAGAGAGGAAGGUGGAUACGAAGGCAGGACAGCCGAAACUAGGCAGCGCUUGCCUUGUUGUCGUAUCUCUAGUAGCCUUUUUAUCUUCUUUUUAUUUUCUCGUGUGUGUGUGUGUGUUUUUUUUGUAGUUUUUUUUUCACUAAAAGAUAGAGAAGCGUAUUCGUGAUAAACAGGAAAUUUCACAUACUUUACAAGAAAACAUCAGACAUUGAAGAACUGCAAAAGCUGAGAAAGUAGACCGGUAUCAGGAACCAGCUUGACAUAAUAAUAAACUACAACAUCAAAGCUACAAAACACUUCCUUUUAAUCCAAGUACUCUUUUAAUGAAAUUCCGAUAACGUGCAGGUCAGUAUUGUGUGUGGGGCACGUCCGUUAUAUUUUUACAAAUUAAUAUGCAAAUGCAUGUUUGUAAAAGGCGCAGAAGACAAAGAACAACGAGCGACACUCAACAACAACGGCACACAAUAGGUAGUUAUGUUCGUGUCCGGUCGUUGUCCCAGUGUCCGGUCCUUGUUCCAGUAUCUUGUCCUUGUUCCAGUCACCCAGUUCCCCACCUUGAUACAGCAAAUGUGUAUUGAACAGAUAAGCUGUUACACCAGGAGAACAAACUAAAUGAAAUAAAAGCGUAGAGCAACCAAACGCAGAGCGAGUUUCCUUAAUGAUUUGAAAGAUUAGGCCCAGAAGAAGGGCAGCGUUAUUGUUGUCUUUUGCUUUGAUGUAUCCGCGUUUUUCACGCCUAAUCAUUCAACUAAUAAAGGAAAAUCGUGUCUGCUUGUCAGGACCUGGGGGAAUCAUUUUGUCAUCCCUACUCUUAAGUCAAAUUUAACACCAAGACGCUUCGAUGGCUCUGUGUAGCAUCUUUGAAUUCGUUGGACGUGUUGUCUAGUAGUAAAUCUGUGCCGAUUUGGGGUCGUAUUCUCUGUUGAUGACUUUCGGUGACACGAUCAUUUUCGGGGGACGUAAGCGUGGUGGGUUGGACGAUUCUAGUGGUUUUGCUGAACCAUAAAUCACUCAAGGUGAUAUCUCCGAAAGUGAUGUCCCCACAUGUUGGCUGCGCCAUCACAGCACACGAGCAAUUCGGCAUAGCUCAUCGCUUGAAUGGGCAAUUUCACUCCUGUUUUUCGCACAACUUUUCACCCGUAGUCUGCGAGAUCUCGGCUUACUGACGUCAAUUUUUCAUACGUACGAUAAAUCAGCUCGUGUUGCCAUGUCGUUCUGUUUGCCGUUAUAGGGAGACCAAAUGGGAUUUUUAAAUAUUGUUCAAUGUUUGGCUUUCCAGGAGAAAAUUGUGCUCUCCUCCUCACCGUGCGUGUUUCUUUCCUGUGCGCGCAUUUGUUCUUUAGUGUCGUCAUCGACCAUAUCGGCGGCAGCAAAAAUGAUGCGCCAGAAAUAUAAGCAGUCUAUCACGCGCUCGAUUGGAGACGUAGUCAGCGUUGCGCGUGUGCUCCUGCAUUCACGGUUGUGAACCUUUGGCGUUGCCAUGUUAAUCGUUUUUCAAAUAAGUGUAUGUUUUGUUACAUUUUAAGCACCGUUAAUUUAUGCCCUGGAAAGUUUAUUUAUACCCCUGAGUUUUGUUGACGUUCCAGCUAGUAUUGGCGAGUACUGAAGUGCAUCUUCCUCCAUGCCUUGAGCUUACGCACCUAAAAACACGGUGUGACGCUCUCCCUUGGUGACAAAGUGUCCCAAUUACAAGGCACCUUACCAGGAGGAAAUUAUAUCAUGCAUUUCAUUUUGCGCGCCAGCAAGGAAUGUGGUUUCGUGGCCGGAGGCAUCAUGGCGGUUCACGAGGUCCCGCUGCAUUUCACCAUUCUUAGUGCCCGGUGCUAGAUAGGGUUUGAGUAUGGUGCCAACAUCACGCAUUGAAGUGCUAGCCUACAGAACUACGUAUCCGCCAUUUCGGGUCGUCGGUGCGGCGCUCAGUGACGAGAAAACGCAUCCCACGUUAAUCAAACGAAUAAUGUCAUUGAUUGGUGUUACUCUAGUGAAUACAAGCCAUAUUUUCUGCUCUUUUGAAGGGCAUUAGUAAAGAAUUACCUUUCUUUAUCAAUGGUGGAACUAUAUACAGAUGAGUGGUCACCUGUGGCGCCAUAUACCAAGGAAUGCGAGAUAAUUCCAACAAACUAUACGCUCGCCCCUGUGUAGCAAUUUUCGCUUCCACCACAAAAUUACAGAAUUGUACAGGUUGAUUAACACGGCUGAACAAUGGUUGCCAGGGGAAAGUGACACAUGUCAUCACGAGUGCUCCCAUUAUCUGCUCUGGCCCUUCUGUUUCUUUAUUUCCAAGCUGGUAAUGAUAGCGUGUCGUGUUUCAGAGUAGUUUACGGCGCCCAGUGUACCAGCCAACAUUAAUUAUGUUAAGAGCAACCUAAAACCGACAAAGAACAAACCAAGCCUAAAAAAAUGCGUCGCUAGCGGCCAGCUGCACCCGCACAAUGUUGAGAUGCGUCACAGAGUUUCCACUCUGUCAGAAGGCGGGGCCUCGUACCAUGACGCCCUCGGCCUGUACAUAGCAAACCCGGAGUUGCACCCUGCCAGCGGCGGUGAACGGAUAGAAAGGCUUUGAGGCAUUUCGCGGAAGGUACCUUGAUGUGGUCGUCCCUCAUAAUUUGUGCGAAAAUUUGGUGGUAUUAUAGGCCUCACAAUCGGAAAAGUGCUACAUUAGAGGUUAGUAUUAGAGUUGUACCAAUGUGGACAAGGUCUUGUUUCUUGGAAAGCGAAAAAAAAAAGCAGGAUUCGUGAGGCCUCAGUCAGUCGCUGGCCUGUUCUGCAGUGGUGCACCUCCGGGUGCAUGUGUGCCGUAGUGAGUGCCGCCGCGCGCCGCCUCCGUGUCCGCAAGAGAGAAAGAACUGGCUCCGCCCCGGCGCCAUCUGUGAAGCCGCACUAGGCGGCAGGAACGCUGGAUACUGCAGACUACGCACCCCAGGGCCUUGACAACACUGCUCCUGUACACGUAAGCGUCCAGGGACAGAAACGUCGAGUGCAGCCACUAUCGCUUAUACGUAUUAGUCAGUUUUAGUAUAGCGUAAAGCAGCAAACGCCAAUAGCGUUGGCGUUGCGUGCACCACACUGCGCAUGCUCUGUACGUAAAAGGUGCUGGAGCUCUUACGUACGUACGCUAUUUUCGGGAUUUAGCAGUGAAAGGUAACGCACGCAAGGGGAGCCUCACGUACGGCAACAUGGCGGCGCCAUUCGAAGUGAGAGCUGCCCGCUUAAGAUCGUCGGCCUGCACUGUUCGGCUUAUUCGUUCCCCACGAAUGCUCGUGUUUGCUUUAGAUUUGUGUGAUGAUGCUUCGACAGCGGCGUACAGGUGACAAAUGGGCGUUGUUUUCGAUAUUCGCUCUCGAUUAGCGGCGCAGUAGGCUUAACGAGAGAGUUCGCUCAUGUUUGCUCAUGUUUGCUGUAUACGCCUCGACAUGGCGCCCAAGUGUAUUUGCGUUAGCGUUAGCGUUUUGCUCCAUUCCGCUAUUCUAAAACACUACCUUGUGGCGCGCAGUGCAGCCUUUCUUUGCGUUAGCGUUGCGUCGCACGCUAACGCUAACGCAAGCGCUUCACGCUAUACUGAACUCGCUAUUAUGUCUAAGGUAUAAACAGGAGUAGUGGCUGUCUGCAGUUUGUUUUAAAAGAAGCUAAGCUGCGCUUAGCGAUAACUUGAAGAUAAUCGUAUGGCUUGCAGGAGAGCAGAGAGCCAGCAAUUUCUGUCGUCGACUCAGAAAAUUGGGCAACGUGUAGAAAAAUGUAGUAGAUGACGCAGUUAAAUAAUCGAAACUAGGUGACACAGCUUCGCGGGUGGCGUUGGGCGCCCCCCGGCGGAGGAGAGCAGUUCUUUCUCACACACGCGUUCGGCGUGCGGCAGACUGUGUACUUUGUCCGUUGUUUUGGCCCCCUCUGUGUCCCGCUGUAUACCCAGUGUUUUAUCGGCCAACCGUUAUGUGUACUCCCUGUCCUAAUAAAUGAGACCUCGAA